AUUUAUAAAAAUAAACUUUUACAGCUGAAAAUUUACUUUUGAAACUUUAAUUUUAUUUAGUUAAAUUUUCCUAAGAGCUGUCGGGAAAUGGUAAUGUAUUUUACAUUUUUGCAUUGAUAACUAAUGUUGGCAUAUUUAAAUGUAAACUGUAAGAGGCGGCGAUCACUUUACAAUGUUGAAUCCAUGUCAUGGAUCAAUUACACCCAACAUACAUAGCAUUAGAUUUACAUUAUUUCUGCUAUAUUGUGCUACUAGUUAGAUGACACGUUACGCUUAUACACGUCUACCAGAUACUUAAUAGAUUUUGCUCGGUUUUCUUACAUGAAUGUGGUAUCAAAUUACUUCCCUCAGAUUUUGGUGUCAAAAUUGCUGGUGCAUUAUAUAUAAUAUUUAAUGCCAACUUGGCGACAAAGUGCUGGCUAAUUCUUUAUCGAGAUUAUAUUUCAUUUUUCUCAGAAAAUACGAUGUCCCAUUACGUAUCAAAUUCGAAGAAUAGUAUAGAUAUCAAAAGGGUAAAUGUAGAAGAGGAUCAUGUUGACUUUAUCCAUCAAUCACAUAUACGCAAAAGCCAAGGCAAAAGAGGAUUUCAAGUUGAACAGCUUCAACUUCUAGAGUAUCUGAAAAUAUAUUCCAAUAGGUAUAUUGGAAGACCAGAAAUUUCUUGUAAUUAUAAUAUAAAUGGAUUGCCUACUAUAUUUAUAGACUUCAAGAGAUCUCGAGGAAGUGUAUGUGUUAUUUCCAAAUAUUACCUGCUAAUGUUUUGUAAAAAAUACUCAUAAUUUCAUUUUAUGCUGCAAGAUUCUGUAAUAUUUGACAUUUUUUCUUAAUACAGGUACUUGUCAAAGACAGUUUCAGUAUUUCAAAAUCUUCAUACCUGCAAGAAGCAGAUCAUUCAUCAGAUUGCACUCUCUUUGAGAACAUGCGUCAUAAUUAUGUUGGUAUGUAAUAUUUGAAUUUACAAAUAAGGUAUUAUUAAAGAAAAUAUGCUUGUGUUCAGAAAUAAUUGCAGUUCUAUUAUUUACUUUGUAGAUUUCGAGUUUCAAGAAGCUGUAUAUCCAAUUAGGGUUUCUAUACAGCAAGGACUGAAUCCUGGUAUAAUAAUGGAAAUUUGGGCGCGAGAUUCUGAUCGGUGGUUUUUAUUAUGGACUGGAGGAAAACAUACAAUACGACUGUUGUCCCCGGCUUUACGGGCCUGUGACUUUAAAACUAAAAUGCUCAGAUUAAUAUUGCCGUUUAUCGCUGAGAGAAUACAGAUAGAUGUAGAGCUCAUCGGAACAUCAGAAUUGAUUCAACCUAAAGAUCCUAAACAGAGUUUGACCGAUCUAUUAAAAGAUAUUAAUUGCAGCUAUCCUGACCGUAAGGAUAUGCACAAUUUAACACCAGAUUACAAAAAUGCGGAUCUGGAUCAACUUAUGGAAAAAUUUUCCGACUGUUGUAUUAUUCGUAAAAGCAAUUUACAUUUAAAUAAUGGAAAAUUGAAAGGCAUCACACCCUCUCCAAGUGAAUUCAAGGAGCAACCACGUUGUGAUUUUUUUAUGCUUCCUGAUGAGAUGAUACUAAAAAUACUGGAAUACUUAGAUUUAAGGUCAUUGUGCCUUAUGAGUCAAACGAAUAAAUGCUUCAAUCGAUUAACACGAGAUCCUUCGCUUUUUAAAUAUUUAAAUAUACAAGAUUUGCGGAUGUAUGAGACGUCUACCGAUGAUACUAUUGGUGAUUGGCAGUGUAAAAUUCUAUCUAGCUUGGAAUCCAGAUGUGAGCACUUACGACAGUUGAAUCUUGUAUCAUGCGACAUUUCUAGUCCACGUUUCGUAACGUUUCUUAGAACUUGUGGCUCAAAGUUAACGUCCUUGCAAUUAACUUCUUGCAAGUUUGACAACGAUAUCCUCUGUGAAAUUGGAAAAAUAUGCAAAGAUUUGACAGUGUUAAAUUUGAGAUGUGAUAUUUAUGCAUUUGAUAUGGGCUACAAUCUGGACGAAGGAUUGUUGUAUCUCCAACAUCUAAAAUUUUUAGAAGAAUUAACCCUUAUACAUAUACCUAUAGAAGACGAAGAAACCCUUUGUACAGUACUGCAUGGAAAGCACCGAUUGCGUUAUUUAAAUUUGACAUUUCCUCAUCUAUAUAUAAAUAAAGUUUUAAUAAACUUACGAGAUAAAGCAUUUUUUCCAAACUUGGAAACAAUAAAAUCGAGCUGUGCCUCGCGAAAGAUUGAUGCCCUAGCUGAGUUCAGUAAUUGUAUCGGUUUACAGGUAGAACUGCUGAGAGCAUUACGACAAAGAAGGCGAGAUUUUCUUUCACAUAUUGUUACAUUCUUUAUCGUAAAUUUUAUGUGUUUACUACUCUUAAACAUAUACCUCUUGCAUAUAUAAUAUACACUGAGAGAAAAAAAUAAUUGCUACAACUAUAAAAAUGCUAUAAAAAUGUGGUCAAAUAGCACCUCAACUUUUUGUCAAU